UGCGCGAUACUGUUAUGCCGACACAAAAGUACCGGCUUUUGGGCUGCUUGUGAUUUAAUAAUUAUUUAACUCUUUGCGAGGUAACAUACACCUUGAACUGGACAUAGUGACCCAGGUUACAUUCAUAGUAACAGCUGGGAAUUUUAAAACAAAUUGAGUACUUAAAUCGGAUAUACGAAUAAAAAAAAAUAUUUGGUUCGGACGGCAAUAAUCAACACUUGAAAUUGUAUAACAGUGAAAAAAAUUAAACAAGCAGAUUUAGAUCAUGCCAUAUAAAAUCAAUGUGGUCCUCAUUAUGUUGGCCAUAGUGGGGGCCGUACUGGCCGAUUUAUCAAUGAACCGGCGUGCAAGCAUGGGUUUUAUGGGAAUGAGGGGUAAAAAGGAUCAAGAAUCCGGUGGAAAUAGUGAUGAUACAUCAGCAGGGCUAGAGCUCGACAAAAGAUCUUUUUCGACAUUACUCUUUAGGAGACCAAUGUUCAACGGGGGAAGAUCGGCAGCAGUGGCUGCGGCUGCAGCAGCGGCGAAUUCCGCGGAAGGUUUUAAAAGAGCCAUGGGCUUUGUCGGUAUGCGAGGUAAAAAAGAAUACUCCAAAGGAUCGGCCGGUUUUUUUGGUAUGCGUGGUAAAAAAGUGCCUUCGGAAGCAUUCUUUGGAGUAAGGGGUAAAAAAUGGGCCAAUAUGGACACUAGUGAUGAUGAGCAGACCAUAAUUGCUUUACAUAAAAUAUUCAACAAUAUGCAAACAGAUGGAGAACGAAAUUAUGUGGUAACAAAAUUUGACGAAGAAAAGGAAAUACGUUAAUUUAAAUUUUAGAUUAUACCGUAGCACCAUUUUAAUAUUAUGAGUUAAAAUUCUUUACUUACUACUAUUUAAAUUAACUUAUUUUAUAGUAGUUAAUAUGAAUUUAAAAUAAACAUAAUUGUAUAAAGAAAUGCAUAUUUUAAAACAUUGUUUGUCUACGUGUUGAGUUGAUUAUUGAUUAUUUUAUGUAUUUAAUUUAAAUUUUAACGCUAUAAAAUAUGAAUAUAAAUAUAUAAUUUUAUUGAUUAUUUUAA